AUGGAGUUUGAGGAGCUGGGUAUCCGUGAAGAGUGUGGGGUGUUUGGCUGCAUCGCAUCAGACAAGUGGCCCACACAGCUGGAUGUGCCCCAUGUCAUCACGCUGGGGCUUUUAGGACUGCAGCACAGGGGACAAGAGAGUGCGGGCAUUGUUACAAGUGAUGGAGCCAGUGUAUCGACCUACAGAAAGCAUAAGGGGAUGGGGUUUGUUAGCCAUGUGUUCAAUGUAGAGAGCUUGAGUAAACUGAAUGCCAGUAAUCUGGGAAUUGGACACACUCAUUCAACCACUGGGAAUUCAGAACUGGAAAGCUGCCAGCCAUUUGUGGUGGACACGCUACAUAGCACGAUAGCAGUGGUGCAUAACGGGGAACUGGUAAAUGCAGCCAAAUUCAGGCGAAAGUUAAUGCGUCAUGACGUGGGGCUCUCUACUAGUUCUGAUAGCAAACUUAUAACACAGUUACUGGCCUUCACUCCACCUAUGGAGAAAGAUCAUACACCAGACUGGAUAGCACAAAUAAAAAAUAUUAUGAAUGAGACUCUUACAUCAUACUCCCUGCUUGUCCUGCACCAUGACAUCAUCUAUGCUGUACGUGACCCUUAUGGCAAUCGGCCCCUGUGCAUUGGACGGCUCAUUCCAGUGAAUGCUGCAGACCAAAGAAAGAAGACAGAGGGGUGGGUUGUCUCAUCUGAAUCUUGUAGCUUUUUAUCCAUUGGUACUGAAUAUUACUGGGAAGUCCUGCCAGGAGAAAUAAUGAAAAUCUUCUGGGAUGGCAUACAGACCCUAGACAUUGUGCCCAGACCUGCAGGAGACCCCUCAGCAUUUUGCAUAUUUGAAUAUGUUUAUUUUGCAUGUCCUGAUUCAAUAUUUGAAGGUCAGCUGGUUUAUUCAGUAAGACGAAGAUGUGGUCAGCAGUUGGCUUUGGAAGCUCCAGUGGAUGCAGAUCUGGUUAGCACAGUACCUGAGUCUGCAACACCAGCUGCUUUAGGAUAUGCAGAAAAGAGUGGCAUGCGGUAUGUGGAAGUGCUCUGCAAGAACAGAUAUGUUGGGAGGACAUUUAUUCAACCAAACAUGAGGUUACGGCAGCUUGGUGUGGCCUACAAGUUUGGAGUCUUGUCUGAUAACUUAAUUGGAAAAAGAAUAGUGCUGAUUGAUGACUCCAUUGUGAGAGGCAAAACCGUCUCACCAAUAAUAAGGCUUCUGACGGACUCUGGGGCUAAGGAGGUUCAUAUAAGAGUGGCUUCUCCAUCUAUAAAAUAUCCAUGUUAUAUGGGCAUAAAUAUCCCAACAAAAGAGGAACUUAUUGCAAGCAGACCAGAAUUUAAGCGCUUGGCUGUCUAUCUAGGUGCUGACAGUGUUGUAUACCUCUCAGUAGAAGGACUCACAUCAGCCGUGCAAGAGGGAAUCAAAUCAUUUAAAGAAGAACAGAAUGGUCUUAACGGCACAUCCACAAGAUCGUCAUCUGUUGGCCAUUGUACAGCGUGUCUUACAGGAGAUUAUCCUGUGGAGCUAGAGUGGUAA